CAACAGUAGUAGUUGUUCUCCUCUCUCUCUCUCUCUCUCUCUCUGUCUCUCUCUCUCUCUCUCUGACGGAUUGAUUCUUGCUCCGCUUCCUUCGUUUUCCCGGAAUCUUUGUUACCGGAGUCCGAGUUCGUGCAUUCAGGCAUUUUGCUUGGAGCUUAAGCUUGUGGAAGAUGGAAGAUGGUCAAUGGCACGUACAGAAAAGAUCUAGUUUCCGGAACGAUUCGUUUGUACGAGAGUACGGUGCUGUCCCCGAAACUGGGUGCCUCUCGAUCAUUGUUCUUGGUGCCUCGGGUGAUCUGGCCAAGAAGAAGACCUUUCCUGCACUCUUCCACCUAUAUCGUCAGGGAUUUCUCAGACAGGAUGAAGUUCACAUCUUUGGUUAUGCUAGGACUAAGAUUUCUGAUGAAGACCUGAGAAGUCGGAUUCGUGGAUACCUUGUUGAUGAAAAGAAUGCAUCUGAGCAAGCAGAAUCUUUGUCAGAGUUUCUGCAGCUGAUCAAGUAUGUGAGCGGUUCUUAUGAUUCUGAGGAGGGAUUCCAUAGAUUAGACAAGGCGAUUUCAGAGCAUGAAAUCUCAAAACGUAGUUCUAAAGGAUCUUCCAGGAGACUGUUUUACCUUGCACUCCCACCCUCAGUUUACCCCUCUGUGUGCAAGAUGAUCAGGACAUGUUGCAUGAACAAAUCUGAUCUUGGUGGAUGGACUCGGAUUGUUGUUGAGAAGCCGUUUGGCAAGGACUUGGAAUCUGCAGAGCAACUGAGCUCCCAGAUUGGAGAGCUGUUUGACGAAUCACAAAUCUAUCGUAUUGAUCAUUAUCUUGGAAAGGAGUUGGUCCAGAACAUGUUGGUUCUCCGAUUUGCGAAUCGCUUGUUUUUGCCGCUAUGGAACCGUGACAACAUCGACAACGUGCAGAUUGUAUUCAGAGAAGAUUUUGGAACCGAAGGGCGUGGUGGAUAUUUUGAUGAAUAUGGAAUAAUCCGUGAUAUUAUUCAAAACCACCUGCUCCAGGUUCUUUGCCUUGUUGCUAUGGAAAAACCAAUCUCUCUUAAGCCCGAGCACAUCCGGGAUGAGAAAGUGAAGGUGCUUCAAUCGGUGCUCCCUAUAAAAGAUGAAGAGGUGGUUCUCGGGCAAUACGAAGGGUAUAAGGAUGACCCGACUGUUCCAGACGACUCCAACACUCCGACAUUUGCCACAAUGGUUCUUCGCAUACAUAACGAAAGAUGGGAAGGUGUUCCAUUUAUAAUAAAGGCCGGAAAGGCAAUAAACUCAAGAAAGGCAGAGAUACGUGUUCAGUUCAAGGAUGUUCCCGGCGACAUAUUCAAAUGUCAGAAGCAAGGAAGGAAUGAGUUUGUGAUACGCUUGCAGCCUUCGGAAGCCAUGUACAUGAAGCUGACGGUCAAGCAACCGGGGCUGGAGAUGUCCACCGUGCAGAGUGAACUUGACCUCUCCUACAGACAACGUUACCAGGGAGUGUCGAUCCCCGAGGCAUACGAGCGCUUAAUUCUCGACACAAUCCGAGGGGACCAACAGCAUUUCGUGCGAAGAGAUGAAUUAAAGGUAGCGUGGGAGAUAUUCACCCCGCUGCUGCACAGAAUAGACAAAGGGGAAAUGAAGCCGAUUCCGUACAAACCAGGCAGCCGAGGUCCAACCGAAGCCGAUGAGCUUCUUGCCAAAGCAGGUUACCUUCAGACCCACGGCUACAUCUGGAUCCCUCCUACCCUCUAGUCUAUAUACAUAUAUAUAUAAACCCUUAUUCACAUAUAUAUAUAUAUAUAUAUAUAUAUAUAUGUAUGCAUACAUCGAUCCAUCUACGUACGGAUAUUAUGGGACAAGCGAGAGCAAUAAUAAUAAUAAGUCUUGA